ACACUGGCAAACAUGGUUACUCCCGAGGACAUCCAAGCUGGACGCAUGUUCCCGCCAAUAAUUGAAUUGCGUGAAAUUGCACACAAAAUCGCCGUGGAACUAACUACCAAGGCCUUCAAUGAUGGCAUCGCACAGUAUCACCCUGAACCCCUGGAUAAGGAAGCCUUUAUCAAUGCGAACACUUACGAUCCCGCAUAUGUCGACUUCACUCCUGACUACUAUGACUGGAAGAAGGAGUGA